CAGAUCUCUUUCACUUUUUCAACAGCUUGAUGACAAGUAUUGGUAUGUGUCAUCAUUAGAUUGUGAUGAUACUACAUUGCAUCAAGCUAUUGCCAGCAGAUGUAUGACAGACAAGUUGUCAACAUCUUCAGCCAAGCAUCAUGUUGUCAUAGUGAUGAUGUUGUCAAGGCCUGGACAGUCUGCAAACAUGAUAAACAAUUUGUCAGCCUCUCAGCCAAGCAUUAUGUUGUCAUAGUGAUGAUGCUGUCAAGUUCUAGCCAGCAGAUAAAUGACAGACAAGUAUCUUCACCAAUUCUGUCAUAUUCAAUUAUACCAAGCUGCAAAAAAAAUGAAAUACACUUGAUACCUCCCACGAGGUCCUACCAGCACCAAACARAAGCUGCCCCACCAGGCCAGGAAACCACAAAAGGCGGUACAACAUUGCUGCUCUUGGCAGAGUCUAACCUUGAGGCUAUGAUCAGAUGA